AUGAGUCGAACUGUAUUAAACAAACUUUUAUCUCAAUCAUUUGCAACUUAUCAAGUUCUUUUCAAUGAAUUAUCAUUUCAUAAUCAUACUGCACAUCAUUUAGGUUCACUUUAUUUAUUAGGUGCUUCCGAUGAAAAACUUGAAAAAGCUUAUAAAACAAUGUGUGCAGAUCUUGAUCCACAUGUUCCAUCACCUGAAAAAAUAACUCUUUCUAAUUGGCGAAAUUUUCUUGGUAAUAAACAUUUUUGCAAAGGUUAUUCAGAUUUUUUUCAAGAACAAUUAACAAACAAUGCUGAUAAUUGGCAAAAAAAAUUUAAAGAAUUUUUAUUAGAUAAUGAAAAACAACCAUUAAUUAAUGGUGUUAUUGGUGGUCUAGCACAUCCACUUAUUCAUAUUGGUUAUGCAUUUGAAUUAAAUAAUGAAUUUGUAGGUAUAGAAGCAUUAACAUUAUCUGCUGUUGCUUAUAAUUAUCUUCAUGAAGUUGUUGAUAAAUUAAAAGCACCAACUUCUCCUUCAAAAUCAUCAAUGGAAAUUUUUAAAAAUAUUCAUUCCGAUCAUCAAAUACCAAUUUAUGAUACACCUGGUGUUGAUAAUCUUGAAGAAGCUGUUAAAAAUUGUAACGAACGUAUUCUAUAUCAUUAUAAUCAAUGGAAAAUUAAUGAUAAUAUUGAAAAAACAAUCGAAGAAUUAUUUGAUUUAACUGUUUAUAUAUAUGGUGCAACACAUAAAUCAAAUCAAAUAGAAUUUGAUUUUUUCCUACUUCAUCUAUUAACUUCUAUGCAUGCAAUUCGUAUGAUACAUUCACAUAUUGAUAAUCAACAGGUCUUUCAACAUAUUUUAUUUCAAUUUUUUUAUUUCGCUAUUGUUGUUUAUAUAUCACAAUUACGACCAGAAAUUAAUGAACAUCUUAUUAAUGAUUAUAAAAUAGAUAAUGCAGUAAAAACUUGGAAUUAUGUUAUUGAUAAAACAUUAAAUACCGAAUUAAUUGAUGAUGCUCAUCUUGUUAAAGUUGUACGAGUAUUACGAGAUGCAGAAAAAAUUUAUGGAGAUAAAAAUGGAUUUUAUUUGAAAACUGCAGUUAAAACUGUUGAUAAUUUACAUCUGGAAAAUCUGUGGAUUGGAGGAUCCGAUAAUCCACGACAAUUAAAUGUACUUAAACAAUCAUAA